ACUCACUCCUUAAAUACGAAUAUUCUGAAGCAGAGAGCCUAAUUUAAUGGUGAUGCAGGAAAUCUGGCAAAUAACUCAAAGCAUGGCUUCCUUCCGGAGAUCAUUAGGUUGGAAGUCUUGGCUUUGUAAAGGAAAGUUUGAUUUUGGAUCUCUUUGCAUUCAGAGAUUUAUAAUAGAUGGUUUAAAUGUGCUGUUUGUCUUUCUUUUCUUUAUGCUUUUGAUUCUUGGUUCUGUUAGAAAGAGUUAUAGCAAUGGGGAUACAAGAAAGCAUUGGAUUUUUGUAUUUGUUUCAGUCUACUGUGCUGUUAUUAGUUUUACAUAUAUAAUUUCUGGUGUGCGGGAUGUAUUGGACAGAAAUGAUGAAUCUAGGAAUUUGAGAUGGGUAGUUGAUUUUAUCACCGCACUGGUUUGGAUAUCUUUAUCAGUUUCCUUGAUCGUUCGGAGGAUCAGAUGGGUGAGAGUUGUAGUUAUAGUCUGGUGGGUCUCCUUCUCAGUACUGGCUUCUGUACUGAAUGUGGAAGUGUUGUUAAAAAUGCAGGGCAUUCAUAUAAUAGACAUAGUUUCAUGGCCUGCCAAGCUAAUGCUUCUCCUUUGUGCUUGGAAACACUUCAGUCAGUCUGCUUCUCAGAACAGGCCAGACCAGAGUUUGUCUGAACCUCUAAUUGGAAAAUCUGAGACACAUAGAACUGAGUUAUGCCGAGCCAGUUUCAUUAGCCGUUUGACGUUUUCUUGGCUUCACCCUCUGCUGAGUUUGGGUCACUCAAAACCAUUAGGCCUUGAUGAUGUCCCAGAUUUAACUUCCGAAGAUGAAGCCAUCUUACAAUAUAAAAAAUUUAAUAAUGCAUGGGGUUAUCUUAGGGGAGAUAUGAGCUCAACAAAUACUCACAACUUAGUAAUACGGGCCUUGGCUAAAGUUUACAUGAAAGAGAUGAUAAUUGAAGGAGUCUAUGCCAUUCUUAGGACAUUCGCUGUCGUGGUUCUUCCAUUGUUACUCUAUGCCUUUGUACAGUAUUCAACACAAAAGGGGGAAAAUAAAAUUGAUGGUGUCUUCCUAGUUGGUUACUUGGUGAUCAUCAAGGUCACAGAGUCUUUGAUGGUUGCUGUUUACCAAAAGCAGCUCAAGCUCUCUAGUCAAGGUAGGAGAAGACACACAACAGGGGAGAUUGUGAACUACAUUGCAGUUGAUGCCUAUCGCAUGGGUGAAUUCCCUUGGUGGUUUCACUUGGGAUGGAGUCUUACAGUGCAAUUGUUCCUCGGCAUCGGUGUACUUAUUUUGACUGUGGGUGUGGGGGUUCUUCCUGGUUUGGUUCCCCUCCUCAUCUGUUCCUUUCUAAAUGUCCCCUUUGCAAAGUUCCUUCAGAAUUGUCAAUCUCGAUUCAUGGUUGCCCAAGAUGAACGACUCAGAGCAACUUCUGAGGUCCUAAACAAUAUGAAAAUAAUCAAAUUACAGUCAUGGGAAGAUAAAUUCAAGAAUUUGAUUGAAUCAUUCCGUUUGAAGGAAUUCGAAUGGCUAACUGAGUUACAAGGUAAGAAGGCCUAUUGCACUGCAUUAUACUGGAUGUCUCCUACGAUUGUUUCUUCAGUGAUAUUCAUGGGAUGUGCCAUUUGGAGAAGUGCCCCAUUGAAUGCCAGCACCAUUUUCACAGUCCUUGCGGCACUAAGGAUGGUCGCAGAGCCUGUGAGAACAAUUCCUGAUGCUCUUUCUAUGUUGAUUCAGGUGAAGGUAUCUUUGGUCCGCCUUAAUGUGUUUUUGCUGGAAGAUGAGCUCAGUGAUGAGCAUGUGCAGAGGAGGCAACCACAAGAUUCAGAGAAAAUAAUUAGAAUUCAUGCUGGUGCUUUCAGUUGGGAUCCAUACACAACUGCCACUACUCUGAGGCGGUUAGAUUUUGAAGUAAGAAGGGGGGAAAAAGUUGCAGUUUGUGGGCCUGUUGGAGCUGGGAAAUCAUCCCUCUUGUAUGCUAUACUAGGGGAAAUACCCAAAGUCUCAGGAACUGUUGAUGUAUUUGGGUCUGUUGCAUAUGUUUCUCAAACAUCUUGGAUUCAGAGUGGUACCAUUCGUGACAAUAUUCUCUUUGGAAAGCCAAUGGACAAUACAAGAUAUUGUAAGGCUAUUAAAGCAUGUGCACUCGAUAAAGAUAUCGAGAGUUUUGACCAUGGCGACCUCACAGAAAUUGGGCAGAGAGGGCUCAACAUGAGUGGAGGACAAAAACAGAGGAUACAACUUGCUAGAGCAGUCUACAUUGAUGCAGAUAUCUGUCUUCUUGAUGACCCUUUUAGUGCAGUAGAUGCUCACACAGCUGCCAUUCUAUUCAAUGAUUGUGUCAUGGGUGCUCUGGCAAAGAAAACUGUCAUUCUAGUAACUCAUCAAGUCGAGUUUCUCACUGCAGCAGAUAGGAUUCUGGUUAUGGAAGGUGGAGAAAUCAUUCAAAUGGGAAGUUACAAGGACCUCUUGACAGCAGGCACAGCAUUUGAACAGCUUGUGAAUGCGCAUAAAGAUGCAAUGACAGUAUUGGAUCCUGAAAUUAAUGGACAUGGGAGUGAAUCUGAAGUAAAUAGAAUGAAUGGGUCUACGGGAUCCUACCCCACGAAACAGAACAGCGAGAUGGAGAUUUCGGUAAAGCCGCAGGCUGGGAUCCAGCUAACAGAAGAUGAAGCAAUGGAGAUUGGUGAUGCGGGUUGGAAGCCAUACUUGGAUUACCUAAGUAUCUCAAAAGGAUCACUGUUUUUUGGUUUAAGUACAUUUUCUCAGUCUAUUUUUGUUGCUCUCCAGCUUGCUGCAACCUAUUGGCUUGCUGUAGCUAUUCAGAUUCCUCAAAUCGGCAGUGGCGUCUUAAUUGGAACCUAUGCAGGAAUUUCAGCCAUUAGUACAGUGUUUGUAUUUCUAAGGUCCUGGUUUGCAGCCCAUCUAGGAUUGAAGGCUUCAAAAGCUUUCUUUUCAGGUUUCACCAAUUCUGUAUUCAAGGCUCCCAUGCUCUUCUUUGAUUCAACUCCUAUUGGUAGGAUCUUAACACGGGCAUCAUCAGAUUUAAGUAUUUUGGAUUUCGACAUCCCUUUCACCAUGACCUUUGUGAUGGUGGGUUCCAUUGAAUUAUUAACAACCAUAGGAGUAGCAGCCUCAGUCACAUGGCAAAUUAUCUUUGUAGCCGUUCUUGCUAUGAUAGCUACAAUUUAUGUUCAGAGAUACUAUCUAGCCUCUGCAAGGGAGCUGAUAAGAAUCAAUGGAACAACCAAAGCGCCUGUUAUGAACUAUGCAGCGGAGACGUCACUUGGAGUGGUCACAAUACGAGCUUUUGACAUGAUGGACAAGUUCUUCCAGAAUUACCUAAAGCUCAUUGACAUGGAUGCAAAACUUUUCUUUCAUUCUAAUGCUGCCAUGGAAUGGUUAGUCAUAAGAAUAGAAGUGCUCCAGAAUGUGACCCUCUUCACCAUUGCUCUUUUCCUUGUUUUGCUUCCACAGGGUGCUGUUACUCCAGGAUUUGUUGGGUUAUCUCUUUCUUAUGCUUUCACACUGACCAAUUCCCAAGUGUUUACAUCUAGAUGGUACUGCAGUUUAGCCAACUAUAUUGUAUCUGUUGAACGGAUAAAACAAUUCAUGCACAUACCAUCAGAACCUCCCGCAAUCGUGGAUGACAAAAGGCCACCAUCCUCAUGGCCCUCCUUGGGAAGAAUAGACUUGCUUGAUUUGAAGAUAAAAUAUCGCCCGAAUUCUCCACUUGUUCUCAAGGGAAUCAGCUGUACUUUCAAAGAAGGAACUAGAGUAGGAGUUGUUGGAAGAACCGGUAGUGGCAAGACUACAUUGAUAAGUGCUUUGUUCCGUCUUGUAGAACCUGUGAGCGGGACAAUUCUCAUAGAUGGAUUGGACAUUUGUUCUAUUGGACUCAAGGACCUGAGAUUGAAACUCAGCAUCAUCCCACAAGAACCAGCUCUUUUCAAGGGUAGCAUUCGAACUAACUUGGAUCCUCUAGGCCUCUAUUCUGACAUUGAGAUUUGGGAGGCUAUAGAGAUGUGCCAAUUGAAGAGUACAGUUCUUAGCCUUCCAAAUCUCUUAGACUCAUCAGUGAGUGAUGAAGGUGAAAAUUGGAGUGCCGGGCAACGCCAGCUUUUCUGCCUGGGUCGAGUCCUUCUUAAAAGAAAUAGAAUUCUAGUUUUAGAUGAAGCAACUGCAUCAAUUGAUUCGGCAACAGAUGCUGUCCUACAAAGAGUCAUCAGGCAGGAAUUCUCAAGAUGCACUGUGGUAACUGUGGCCCACAGAGUUCCCACUGUUAUAGACAGUGACAUGGUCAUGGUCCUCUCUUAUGGGAAACUGGUGGAAUAUGAUGAACCUUCAAAACUCUUGGAAGUCAACUCCUACUUUUCUAAGCUGGUAGCAGAAUACUGGUCUAGCUGCCAGGGGAACUCUAUGAAAAGCCUCAGCAAGUAACAAUGAAAGAGAAAAUGAA